AUGUGCGUAAGCGCGGUCAUGGAGAAUCUUCGCAGGUACAGCGUCGAGCACCGUUUCAAGAAGGCAGCGCUCCACGUUCUCGCCCGACAGCAGGACGACGGCACUCUCAGCGCGUUGCGACAGGUCUUCACCGAGCUGGACCAGGAUGGUGAUGGCAUCAUCACUUUUAACGAGCUCAAGGAAGGGUUGAAGAAUUCCGGCCACGGCGACACCUUCUCCAACAAGGACCUCCAGCAUCUGGCUCGGGCCGUAGAUGCAGAUGGCUCGGGCGAGAUCGACUAUACGGAGUUCCUUGCUGCUGCGAUGGAGAGAAAGGCAGUUGUGCAGGAGAGCGCUCUCUGGGCAGCCUUCCGUGUCUUCGACAAGAACGAUGACGGCCGGAUCUCCCUCAAAGAGAUCCAGGAAGUGCUCGGCACCAAAGAGGUCAACCGCACCGUGUCGAAGGAGCAGAUCAAGAAGAUACUGGCGGAGGUGGACACGAACGGAGACGGAUUCAUCGAUUUCCACGAGUUCAUCGCGAUGAUGAGAUCGUAG